AUGGUGGUGUCUAAUAUGAGCGAUGCCGCUGGGCUGGGAGUCGAUUCCGAUCCGGUGACCCUCAAUCCGGACUGGUCCAGAUUGGCGAGACUGAUCCUCCUGGCAUCGCUUGCCGCCAUCGGCAGCGUGGGAAAUGUCUUCAUGAUCAGCGCUGUUAUGAUUGAGGAUUAUCUCAGAAAAAGAGGAAAUACAUUCGUUGUGAAUGUGGCGCUGGCCGAUCUGUUGGUGUCCGGUCUGGUGGUACCGGCAUCCGCCGUCGUGAUCCUCGCAGGACUGCGCGACAACCUCGCCGUCUGUCGUUUCCAAUGGUUCCUGGCUGCGCUCUGUUUCCUGGUGACGAUGCUCUCGAUCACGGCCGUCGCCGCCGAGAACUACGUCCGACUGUGCUGUUCACCCUCCUUCUACGAAAAACUGACCAGAACCAAAAUCACCAUAAUAUUGCUCGCCUUCUGGAUAAUCGGGUCGUUCGUUUCCGGACUGCAGUUCGUGUCGAACGUGUCGUUCGACUACUGCACCAGGAAGUACUCCGGCCUGAUACCGUAUCAGGCUACGGUCGGGGUGGUGUUGGUGUUCGUGCCCAUCACCAUCACCUUCUACUGUUACGUGAGGGCCGGCUAUCAAGUUAGGAGGUUCAAGUCCCGGGCCACGUUCAAAGCACCCAUUACGUUCAACUGGGACUGCGCCUUGAUGCAGACGAACUUGUACAGUUUUAUAUUCUUCGUCCUGUGCUGGUUACCGUUCGGAGUCGUGCUGGCUGUCGGAACCAAUCAAAAAAUCCCCGACAGGAUAUUCUACAAUUUCGCCUGGCUCGCCAUCAUCAAGUCAUGCAUCAACAGCAUCUUGUACUGCGUGUUCAAUCGUCACUUCCGCGGAGCCUACGUUAAUCUGUUCCAUUAUUGUUGCUGCAAAACAACCGUGUCGUUUUCGAGGAGGCAACGGCCUGAGUGCGUCCGGCCCUCGGGCGACGUCAGGGUGCACAUUAUACCGGGGUAUAACAUGUACUGCAGCCCGCAGAGAUGCAGGGAGGUGCAGAAUAAAAGGUGCUCGUCGAGACCCAACGGUCGGGACGUCUACGAGUUAUGAUGAGAUAAUACUUGUUCCGUCAGUCGGGGCGUCUGGAUUUAGUAUAUUCUUGGAGGGGAUCUCGUGUUGGAAAUGGUAAAAGGAAAUUGUUUGGAACAUUAAUUCAGUCAGGAUAAUAAAGGGACCAAUAAGGAAGUUGACACUGACAAUUUGUAUUGUAUUACAGGGUGGUGAACAAUGCAAAUAUGAUUGGAGAUAUAAAUUAGUUAAAUUACAAAACAUCUGUUUCCCUAAUAUAUUUUGAAAUUAUAAUACAUUUACAGCACCCUCAGUUUACACUACAAAAUUAUACUCUGCAAAUGGUGAACAUACAACAUCACAAGACAAUACCUGUAAACAUGUCGAUUGUUCCAAACAAUUUAUGUUUCCAAUUAUUAACAUAUAAUUAAAUAAAAAAGGUGAGAGAUUAAAAAACAACUAAAAAUUGAUUGGCACUGACUACUUUUAUCGUCUAACUUAAUUAAUAUUUAAACCUCAGAACUAUGAAUAACAUUAUGUACCAUAUGUACAUA